AUGAAGAUGCUGCUGAUUGUAUUUGUCCUAAUCCUUUGGCCUGAAAUAUUGGCGGAUCAGAGCCCAGGUACCAGCCCUGAGUAUGCAGAUGUCGUGUUUCUGGUGGACAGCUCUGAUCACCUGGGAAUUAAAUCCUUCCCGUAUGUGAAAAUGUUCAUCAACAAAAUGGUCAAUGAUCUCCCCAUAGAGGCCAACAAAUACCGUGUGGGCCUGGCCCAGUACAGCGACCAGCUCCACAGCGAGUUCUACCUGAGCACCUUCAACACCAGGAACCUCAUGCUGAACCACCUCAAGAAGAGUUUCAAUUUCAUUGGCGGGUCCCUGCAGAUAGGCAAUGCUCUCCGGGAGGCUCACAAGACCUAUUUCUCUGGACUUGCAAGCCAGAGAGACAAGAAACAGUUUCCCCCAAUUUUGGUGGUCCUGGCUUCAGCCGAGUCGGAGGAUGAUGUGGAAGAGGCUUCUGAGGCCCUACGGAAAGACGGGGUGAAAAUCAUCUCCGUGGGGAUGCAGAAAGCUUCUGAGGAAAACCUGAAGUCCAUGGCCACGUCUCCGUUUCAUUUCAACCUUCGGACAGUCAGAGACCUCAGCCUGUUUUCCCAGAACAUGACACAGAUCAUCAAGGAUGCAACUCAGUACAAAGACGGAACAGUUGAUGCUGAUGUAACAGUUCCAUUCCCUGUGGCCUGUCAGAAAGAUUCACUUGCUGACCUUGUGUUCCUUGUGGAUGAAUCACUUGGCACCACACAAAAUUUAAGGUACCUGCAGAAAUUCCUGGAGAAUAUUACUACCUCCCUGGAUGUAAAGGACAACUGCUUGCGGCUUGGACUAAUGAGUUACAGCAAUCAAGCCGAGACGAUUUCUUUUCUGAAAUCAAAUGCAACCCAAUCUGAAUUUCAGCAGCAAAUCCAGAAGCUUUCUCUCCGGGUUGGAAAAUCCAAUGCUGGAGCUGCCCUUGAGAAGAUGAGGAUAGAAGGCUUCUCAGAGCAGAGCGGCAGCAGAAGGGCACAAGGGGUGCCUCAGAUCGCAGUCCUGGUCACCCACAGACCGUCGGACGAUGAGGUGCGUGAGGCAGCGCUGAAGCUUCGGCUGGAGGGCGUGACAGUGUUUUCCGUGAGCAUCCAAGGGACUAACAAUACCCAGUUAGAAGAAAUAGUGUCUUACCCUGCGGGACAGACGAUUUCCACACUGAAUUCCUAUGCAGAUUUGGAAACUUACAGUAAGACCUUCCUGAAAAAGCUCCGGAAUGAAAUAUGGUCUCAGAUUUCUACUCGUGCUGAACAAAUGGAACUUGAUAAAACUGGCUGUGUGGACACACAUGAGGCUGAUCUUUAUUUCCUUAUUGAUGGUUCAACCAGCAUCCGGAAAACACAGUUUGAUCAAAUCAAGCAAUUUAUGUCAGCAGUGAUAGAGAUGUUUAGCAUUGGCCCAGACAAAGUCCGAGUUGGAGUCGUGCAAUAUUCACAUGAGCCGGCAGAGGAAUUUCCUAUUGGUGUCUAUUCUAAUGAUGUCAACUUAAGAAAGGCUGUUUUUAACAUCAAACAACGCAAAGGCAGCACUUAUACUGGGAAAGCCCUGGAUUUUAUGCUGCCAAAAAUAACAGUGGGAAGGAUGCAUCGGACAAGUGAGGUUCCCUCUUACCUCAUUGUGCUGACUGAUGGAUUGUCCAUGGACAGAGUCCUGGAACCUGCGGAGAGAUUGAGGGCUGAACGAGUCAUCAUUCAUGCCAUUGGCAUUGGGGAGGCUAAUAAAACACAACUACAACAAAUUGCUGGGGGGGAAGAAAGGGUUAACUUUGGGCAGAAUUUUGAUUCUUUAAAAGGCAUAAAAAAUGAAGUCGUUCGCAGCAUCUGCACUAAAAAAGGGUGUGAAGACAUGAAGGCUGACAUCAUGUUUUUGGUGGACAGUUCUGGAAGUAUAGGAUUUGAAAAUUUUGGGAAAAUGAAAGUAUUCAUGAAAAACCUGCUAGCUAAGAUUCAAAUUGGUCCAGACAAAAACCACAUUGGUGUCAUUCAGUUCAGUGGUUAUAACAAGGAAGAGUUUCAACUUGAUAAAUACUUUACGCUAAAAGAGAUUUCAGAAGCAAUAGACAGAAUGCCUCACAUCGCUCAAAACACUUUGACUGGAAGUGCGCUAACCUUUGUAGCUCAAUACUUCACCCUCGCCAAGGGAAGCCGUCCUGGCAUCAAAAAGUUUCUCAUCCUUAUCACGGAUGGAGAAGCCCAGGAUGGUGUGCGAGAUCCUGCUAGAGAACUUAGAGACAAAGGUGUGAUCAUCUUCUCCGUGGGAGUGUAUGGUGCCAACAGAACUCAGCUACAGGAGAUCAGUGGGGAUGACAACCUGGUUUUCCAAGUUGAGAACUUUGAUCAUCUACAGGCAAUAGAAAGUAAACUCAUCUUUCGUGUGUGUACUCUCCAUGAUUGUAAAAGGAUUCCACUGUUAGACAUUGUGUUUGUGCUAGAUAAUUCUGGCAGCAUCGAUCUACAACAGCUGGAAAGCAUGAUUAACCUAACCACCCAUUUGGUGAAGAAGGCAGAUGUUGGCCAUGACCGAGUUCAGUUUGGAGCACUCAGAUACUCUGAUCAUCCUGAAAUUCUUUUUUACCUUAAAACCUACUCCAAAAAGUCGGAAAUCAUUAAGAAUCUGAGGAGGCGCAGGGACACUGGUGGGAAUACCUUCACCGCCAGGGCUCUCGACCAUGCAAACAUCCUGUUCACAGAGGAGAAUGGCAGCCGCAUCAAGCAAAAUGUAAAGCAGAUGCUGAUUAUCAUCACCGAUGGGGAAUCCCAUGACCGAAAUCUGCUCAAUGACACAGCAUCGAAAUUAAGAGAUAAGGGCAUUGUCAUCUUUGCCGUGGGUGUUGGAAAGGCCAACAAAGAUGAACUUGAAACUAUGGCAGGGGAUAAAAAGAAUACUAUCCAUGUAGAUAACUUUGACAAACUGAAAGAUAUUUACCUGCCUAUACAAGAAAGUAUGUGUACCAAUGCACAGGAAGUCUGUAACCUUCAAGAAGCUGAUGUGAUUUUCCUUUGUGAUGGCUCUGAUAUGGUAUCUGAGUCAGAGUUUGUUACCAUGACAACUUUCUUGACAGACUUAAUUGAUAAUUUCAACAUUCAAUCUCAAAGAAUGAAAAUUGGGGUGGCUCAAUUUGGGAGCCGCUACCAGGAAAUUAUUGCAUUGCAAAGCUCUCUGAAUAAAACCCAGCUGAAGACUCAGAUUCAAACUAUCGACAAGAGCAAAGGGCUUCCCCGAAUGGACUUUGCCCUUAAACACGUGAGCGAUAUGUUUGAUCCAUCUGCCGGUGGGAGAAGAAAUGCUGGUGUCCCUCAGACUUUGCUUGUUAUCACUUCUGGGGGUCCCCGAUAUAAUGUAGCACAUGCAGUGAAAAUCCUGAGAGGCCUUGGAAUUUGUAUCCUGGCUUUGGGCAUAGGAGAUGUUCAUAAAGAACAGCUUCUGCCAAUAACAGGCAAUUCUGAAAAAAUAAUAACUUUUCGAGACUUUAAUAAAUUAAAAGAUGUGGAUGUGAAAAAAAGAAUGGUCCGUGAAAUCUGCCAGAGUUGCGGGGAAACCAAUUGCUUCAUGGAUGUGGUGGUUGGGUUCGACAUGUCCACUCAGGUGCUGGGGCAGCCUUUGUUCCAGGACCACCCCCGACUGGAAUCAUACCUCCCAGGCAUCUUAGAGGACAUCAGCUCCAUCAGGGGCGUGAGCUGUGGGGCAGGUACAGAGACUCAGGUGAGCGUGGCCUUUAAGGUGAACAGUGUCCAAGAAUUCCCUAACAAGUUCCAAAUCUACCAGAAAGCAGUAUUUGACAGCCUGAUGCAGCUUACAGUCAAAGGACCAACUCAUCUGAAUGUAGACCUACUGCAGUCAUUGUGGGACACAUUUGAGGAUAAAUCUGCGUCCCGGGGACAGGUGCUGCUCAUCUUUUCGGACGGUCUUGAGAGCGAUAGCAUCACGAUGCUUGAAAAACAAUCCGACAGGCUUAGAGAAGCAGGACUUGAUGCUCUGCUGGUGGUAUCCCUAAAUCCAAAUGCUCAUCAUGAUUUUUCAAGCUUUGAAUUUGGAAAAGGAUUUGAUUACAGGACUCACCUGAACAUUGGAAUGAGAGAACUGGGCAAAAUGCUAUCACAGUACUUGGGAAACAUUGCAGAGAGGACGUGCUGCUGUACGCUUUGCAAGUGCCCAGGGUCUCCAGGACCUCAUGGGCACCAAGGACCACAAUCCCCAAAGGGUUCUCAAGGUCUGAGAGGCAGCAGAGGAUACAGGGGAGAGGACGGAGACCCUGGAGGACGAGGAGAUCCUGGACCCCAAGGAGAGAGAGGGUUUGUAGGAUGUACAGGGGAGCGGGGCCAAAAGGGACUCAAAGGAUUCUCUGGAGAUAAGGGAGAACAUGGAGACAAUGGGAUUGAGGGAGUAGACGGGGAAGAGGGCUUUUCUGGAUUUCCUGGAAAGAAGGGAGAAAAAGGUGACCCAGGAUCCCAGGGCAGCCCAGGUUCCAGAGGCUCCCCUGGGGAUGAGGGCGAGAAGGGCUUCCCAGGGGAUCCCGGUAAUCCAGGACAAAAUAAUAACAUCAAAGGACAAAGGGGCUCCAAAGGAGGACAAGGAAGACAAGGUAGAACCGGACAAAAGGGGACGCAAGGCAGUCCCAGUCCCAGAGGAAGCAGGGGAAGAGAAGGCCGAAGGGGGCCCCAAGGUGUCCCGGGGGAAGCAGGCAAUGCAGGACCUGAAGGUGUACCAGGAAUUGAAGGAUUACAAGGAGCACAGGGAUUAAAUGGAAAUCCUGGCCAAAGAGGAGAAAAGGGAAGCCCAGGCCAUAAAGGACCUCAGGGUUCUCCUGGGCUACAGGGACUUAAGGGGAGCCUUGGAAGACCUGGACUUAUAGGGAAAAAAGGAGAACCUGGAAUUCUUGGAGACCCGGGGCCAGUGGGACAAGCUGGACACCGAGGAAAACAGGGAGAUGAUGGCUUCCCAGGCUAUGGUCAGAUGGGGCAAAAAGGAGUAAAGGGUGCAAGAGGAUUUCCUGGAGAUAUGGGGCAGAAGGGUGUUGAUGGUGAUCCUGGAAUUCCUGGGGAGCCUGGACCCAAAGGCUUUAGAGGAUUAACACUCACUGUGGGCUUCAAAGGUGAAAAGGGAUCUCGAGGACUCCCAGGCCCUCCUGGACAGAGAGGUGUUAAAGGCAUGGAGGGACAACCUGUAUAUUCUCAAUGUGAUCUGAUCCAGUUCAUACGGGAGCAUAGUCCUUGUUGGAAAGAAAAGUGUCCAGUGUAUCCAACAGAACUGGUAUUUGCCCUAGACCAGUCCUCCGGCAUCACAGAACAGAGAUUUAAUGAAACAAGAAACAUCCUCACUUCCAUUGUCAAUGACCUUAACAUCAGGGAAAAUAAUUGCCCUGUGGGAGCAAGAGUUUCUGUGGUUUCCUAUGACUCAGGCACCAACUAUCUCAUACGUUGGUCUGACUACCAUAGCAAGAAGCAGCUCCUCCAUCUUCUUUCCCAAAUAAAAUAUCAAAUCCCAACAAAGGCUCGGGACAUUGGGAAUGCCAUGAGGUUUGUGGCCCGGAACAUUUUCAAGCGGACGCAUGCAGGAGCCAAUGCAAGGAGGGUUGCUGUGUUUUUUAGCAAUGGCGAAGCAGCCAGUAGAUCACCCAUCAUCACAGCCACCAUGGAGUUCAGUGCCCUCGAUAUCAGUCCAGUGGUCUUUGCUUUCAACGAACGGGUUUCCCUUGAUGAAGCUUUUGGGUUUGACAACACUGGAACAUUUCAGGUGAUUCCAGUUCCUUCAAAUGGGGAAUAUGAACCAUUAGAAAGACUUCGGCGCUGUACGCUUUGCUAUGAUAAAUGUUUUCCAAAUGUUUGUGCUGGAGAGAUUUAUUUACCUGACAAUGCAUACAUGGAUGUAGCCUUCCUCUUAGAUAAUUCUCGGAAUGUAGCAAGUGAUGAGUUUAAGGCCAUGAAAACCUUGGUGAGCUCAGUGCUUGAAAACUUCAACAUUGCUUCAGACCCUUUAACCUCAGACUCUGGUGAUAGGAUUGCCUUGUUGAGCUAUUCUCCUUGGGAUAUUUCUGGAAAGAAGGGUUCAGUGAAAACAGAGUUUGACUUUACAACUUAUGGCAACCAAAUCCUAAUGGAGAGACACAUCCAGAAUUCCCAACAGCUAAAUGGAGAAGCUGUUAUUGGCCAUGCCCUACUGUGGAUCAUGGAGAAUCUCUUCUCAGGAACAACCAACCUAAGAAAACACAAGGUCAUUUUUGUGGUCUCAGCUGGAGAAAACCAUGAGGGAAAGGAAUUCUUAAAGAAGAUGGCUCUGAGAGCCAAGUGCCAAGGCUAUGUCAUAUUUGUGAUUUCCCUGGGCUCUACACAAAAGGAUGACAUAGAAGAAUUAGCCAGCCACCCACUUGAUCACCAUCUGAUACAGCUUGGGAGAAUUCAUAAACCAGAUCUGGAUUAUAUUGUGAAGUUUAUUAAGCCAUUCAUAUACUCAAUCAGACGAGAAUUCAAUCAGUACCCACCACUGAUGCUUGAGAAUGCCUGUGGACUUAUCAAUUCAGAAGGAGAGCAUAACCAAUAUGAACUUCUCCAAUUUACUUCUGAGACUGAUGAGGUUUCUUCAGGAGAGAACAGCUUCUUUGACGAGGAAUUAAUUGCUUGGGAAGAUUCAACUGUUAUGUUGGAGGACAGUGGAAAUGACCAUUUGGUUUACAUUCCAAGCCAAAUAUUUAAGCCACAGAAAUUAAUGGUUAAAUAUGGAAAGGAUCAAGAGUUCAAAGAAAUGGCAAGUCUCACUUCUGGACAUGAAAAUGAUGACAGAAAAGAAGAACCAGUUCCUACAUAUAAACUUGUAAAUCCCUCUCUUCAAGAAUAUUACAUGGAUGUGGCUUUCCUCAUAGAUGCUUCCCAAAGAGUCAAAAAUGAAGACUUUAAGGAAGUGAAAGAUUUUAUAACCUCAGUGCUUGACUACUUUCACAUUGCCCCAGAUCCGCUGACCUCCACCUUAGGAGAUAGAGUGGCAGUCCUGAGCUACUCUCCUCUGGGCUAUAUGCCCAACACUGAAGAAUGCCCAGUCUACCUGGAGUUUGAUUUGGUUACUUAUAACAGUAUAAACCAAAUGAAAUAUCAUCUCCAAGACUCCCUUCAGCAGCUCAAUGGAGAUGUUUUUCUUGGCCAUGCCCUGCAGUGGACAAUUGAGAAUGUCUUUGUCGGAACCCCCAACCUGAGGAAAAACAAAGUUAUCUUCAUAAUAUCUGCUGGUGAAACCAACCCUUUAGACAAGGAAUUCUUAAAGAAUGUGUCUCUGAGAGCCAAGUGUCAAGGCUAUUCCAUAUUUGUGUUCUCCUUUGGUCCUAUACACAAUGACAAGGAAUUAGAAGAGUUGGCCAGCCACCCACUGGAUCAUCAUUUAGUCCAGCUUGGCCGAAUCCACAAGCCAGAUUUGGAGUAUAUUGCCAAGUUUAUCAAGCCAUUUGUCCAUUCAAUCAGACGUGCCGUCAACAAAUAUCCCUCCACAGAUCUACGACCCAAGUGUGUUAACGUCACUUCUCCCAACCCAGAGAAUGUCAGCACAGAAGACACUGUAUUCCUUCCUCCUGAAUUGUAUGGAAUACAGUCAGGAAACAGGGAGCCGUUUGGUGAACAGCAUUUCUUUGAAUUAGAGAGCAAUCACAGUGAUGGUUUUGAAGCCUCUACUGAUUUGAUCCAGAAGCUAUUCAUGCUCCUUUCAACUGGGGAACUGAUGGUAAAAGACCAGGAAGAGACACAUUCAGAAGAAAUUACAUAUCCAGCAAAUGAUAAACAACAAGAACAAAAAGAUGAAGAAAUGGAGGCUAGAGACAUGUGA